AGGAACAGUCAGAGGAAGAUGGGUAUCAUAUUUAUUUUGUUUCCUCUAAGGCAAAAUAGAUAUAAAUUCCUUGAUUAAGCCGGUAUUACCCUGCAUGUUAAUUCCAGGGAGUAGGGUUAUUUUGAACUCUAAAUGUGGAGUGAAAUUGGGUUCAAAAUAAUUCCGCUGGAGUUAAAUUAACUCCCUAAAAUUAACAGUGUAGGAUUGCUUUUUCUUUCAGUAUGAAUGUUUUAUAAAAUAUUUAGAGAACUUGUUAUGGGAAGCAAGGCUUUACCCUUUUACCCUUUUAUUUAAAAGAUAAGGUACCCCUGUCCUUGAAAUAAAUUGUUGUUAAAAUGCUCGGACCCUUUUUGAAAAAUUUCAAUGUAUUUCCUUGACAGAAAUAUUUCAUUGAUUUCCCCCCCUAGAUUUUAUUGGUUAAUCAGUAGGCGUUCAACAGCAUGUGUUUUUAUGUCAGGUCCGGGGAUAGAAAAGAUUCCACAGCCGAACCACUUUACAAUCUCACCGGCGAAGUUUUUGAAUUGAAAGGGGGUUAGUAUAUAUGGUCUUUAUUUACUAAUUAAGCCUACAUAACUUUAUCAAAGUGCCAAGUUUUGCAUGGUGAUCACUUUUUAUUGAGUAUAGGUGCGUCUUGAGAAUGCAAGAUAAAAAUCAUGAAAUAUAACCAUGUAAAAUGUUGUCUUGAUUUUUUAUCCAUAUCUUGGAUUUUCAUGAUGCAUCUAUAUUUGGAAUUUGUUUUAUUUUAUAUUUUUUCAAAUUGUCGACUGGAAAUGGAUUUUUAACAUUGAUGUGUGCAUGUCAUGUAUUUUUAUUAGUUUUCAAAUGGCUCCGUCGAACUCUGAUUGCUUUUGUCCAGGUAACCUUUGGCAGAACGAUCAACAGGUCGGUAUAUCAUUUAAAUAUAAGUUCAACACCAACUGGAAAUUUAAUAUUUAUUAAAAAUUGCAACACGGUAAAAAGUAAUUGGUCAAAAUAACGCAUUCAUUUGAUGAUAUACUGUACAUAGGCAGUUUCGGCCCGCACUGAGUUUUGUACCUAGAGAGUGAGUAGAGUUCAAAUAUCAUCAAGAGUUCUUUAAAUCGGGCUGACAUUUCAUAUGGGCAUUAUACAUGCCUUAGCUUACACAAUCGAUUCUACUAUUAGACCAGUGAAUCGAUUAUAUGAUACACGUCGCUUCCUUGACUCUCACGCAAGUCAAAUAGUAGACAUAGUCAGCAUUUCAAAUUAUAAAUAAGAAUACAGACUGAAUGUUGCUUGUUGUCCUUAGCAGUGUAGAAAUAGCUAAGUUGAUGUGUCCAAAUGGAGUGGAAUCAUUAGCUGAAAGAUUACUUUUUUGUCUCCCAACCGAAGACGUUGGGUCUUCGAACACUCAGAAAGUGUUUCGCCAGUGAAUUGAACUUCAUUUGGACACUCCAAGUUACUAUUUCCACAUUGCUGAGGACAACAAACAACAGUCUGUAUUUUUAUUAAUCAUUUAAAGUGGCGAACGUUUUAAAUGGGGAGCCCCCCAGUGGCGAGGUUAGUCAUGGCAACUGGUCCUGCUGUGCUAAUAAACCGGCAUCUAGCUACUAGAUUAAAGACAAUACAUUUUUAAAGGUCUGGAUAGUAGAGGUGUGCAAAUCCGAUCCGAAUUGUUAAAGUUGUUUCGUACUCGGAUCGGGUCAGAUCGGACUUCGAUAUUCGAAAUAAAAUGAAUGAAUUAUAUAUAAUAAUUAUUAUUUGGUUAAAUAUUUCCACUUGAAUGAGAAAUUUAUUUUAUUAAAGGAUUCUUCGGAACGGAUCGGAAUUCUUUAUCACAACUCGGAUCGGAUUCGGAUUAGACAAUUUCGGAUCGGAUCGGAUUUUAAACAUUAGCCAAUUGUCCGAUUAUAAACGCCCAAUCCGAUCCGAUGCACACCUUUACUGGAUAGUGCAAAUCAUUUAACAUUUGCAUAGCUCAGUAUGGCUAGCUCGCCACUGGGGCUUAGGCUACCACCAUACCACCACCGUUUCUUGCUGGAAAUCUCAGUUUAGACUUUGUUGCCUUAGAUUUCAUGCAAUAUAAAGCAAAAUCGUUUGGCAACGACAAUUACAUAUAUAAUUGCAAGGCAAAUCGUUUUAGCCGUGGACGCAGGCUUUUAGCCAGAAGGGCGCCCCUAGAACGAAAAAUGGACGCCUUUGGACGCCCAAAUUCUGGGGGAAAAGGGAAAUUAUUUUCAAUAAUUUCCGUAAGUAUAUUAAUAUAUCUGAAACGAAAUAGCUUCAAUUCUCAUUAUUAUUAUACAUUUGACAUUUUGAUCAGUGUACCUGGCUGAAUGAAAAUGUCGUAUUUAAGUAAAGAAGCAUAGCGGCACAAACUCGCAAAGCCAAGUGUGUUUGAAAAAUUUCGAACAAGCUUGGAACAGAUACUGACAUGAAGUAACGUAAACUUCAAAGGUUUUCCAGAGGAACAUUUUCUCGACCCCCUCUUUCUUUACUGUAUAUGUUUCGUUAUACCAAAAUUGGACGCCCUCUUUUAGGACCCUGGCUAAAAGCCUGCGUGGACGUCCAUGUAAUGAGCGGCAACAGGCUGAAAUUUUCAAGUAUAUAUCAGUGAUUGUAUAAAUUAAUUGAUUUUUCCAUUUGUAGGGAAAUCAGAGAGUUGGUCGAGUGGGUGGUAUCUGAACCAAUGAUUGUCUACUAUAUUCAAUCAUUUUGUGACGUCAUGUGGCCUCAAGGCAAACUGGCCCCCGCAGCGCCUGUACGAACAGAUGCUGUGAGUUUCAUAAUUUUGCUACAUUGUUAUCAACCUCUCUCCUAUAGGGUGGCCAACUGCAGGAAAGCACCAUUUUGUAGGUGUGCAAAUCCGAUCCGAAUCCGUUCCGAUCGGAUUCGUUCGGAUUUCGGAGCCAAAAUAUUGUUUCGUAGAAUAUAAAGUUGUUUCGUAGUCGGAUCGGAUCGGACUUCGAUAUUCGAAAUAAAAUGAAUUAAUUAUCCACGUAUUAUCGCAAGAAUUAAUUAUCCAUGCAUUUAUCAAAGCAUGAUCGCGGUUGUCGCUGCAUUUUUCGUUUGAUACUUCAAUUGGACGUCACUUUGUCAGCUUCUUGACAUGUAUUUCUUGCUUUUAUAUUUAUUUGGUUAAAUAUUUCAACUUGAAUGAGAAAUUUAUUUUAUUAAAGAAUUCUUCGGAUUGGAAUUCUUUAUCAAAACUCGGAUCGGAUUCGGAUUAGACAAUUUCGGAUCGGAUCGGAUUUUAAACAUUAGGCAAUUGUCGGAUUAUAAACGUCCAAUCCGAUCCGAUGCACACCUCUACUCUAUACUCGAUUGAUAAUGGUAUUACCUGUAGUAAGCAGUAGUUUAAGGAUUCUCUCCAAAUAGGGAUAUGUGCGCACGUUCCAAAUUUUCGAAUACGUUUUACAGCUGCAUCUUUAUCCUAUUUUUGGCAACUUCAAUAUCCGCUGAAUAAAGACGUGAAAAGAGCUGUUCCAUCCUAGUUUUUUAACGUUGGUUAACUUCUUUUUCCCUGGAUACAAACAUUAUCUUGCGAGCAUGUCAACUACCGCGUUUCUCCUAAAGUACUGGGUCGUUUGAGUGCCAUAUCAUAUACCCUCAAAGUCGUUUAUUGUAUAAUGUGUUUGUAGCAACAGAGUCUGUAACAAUAGACUCUCCUUUUUCUUCAAAAUAUAUUAAUUUAAUACAUCAAACUACAAAUUUAAUACGCAUUUUUUCGCCUAUACGUGUGCGUCCGCGCAGUUCAAUUAUAGCGUGGGAUGGCAUAUUGAUACCCACGCAUAUUUCUCUAAUUCUCAUUUUUACGUGCGUGUGUGCUUUAGGAGAAAAUAAAAACAAGGCGAAAAGUAAAAGAAAAAUUGUUGGAAAUGAGUCCAGGUAUACAGCACGCAAUGUCUUUUUUGUUAAAACCCCCUAUGUAUCGAUCUGAGUUUAAGCGAUGUUUCACGGAACGAUUUCCAACGACGAUUUGCAAUGCAAAUGAAGUUACACGAAACUUGAUUGGUUCGACAUCCCAUUGCGUUAUAUCCUGGGUGCCAGACUGCGAAAGGUUUUUCCAUGCUCGCUAAAAAUCUCACGUUUUAUAUCAUGCAAUCCACUAGUUUUAUAUCAUGCAAUCCAAUCGUGGUUGAAAAUCGUUGCGUGUAACAUCACCCUUCGAAGCACUGACAUAUAAAGUUGACUUUGGACUCUUCAUUUAUUGCAGAGGUUCUUCAGAACUUGGUGGGCAAAAGAAAUUGCAAGCUUGGAAUAAUCAAGGUAUACUGAUAAUUUUGUUUCACCAAACAUUUUUCUCUGAAGUUUGAAACCAAGGAAUUAGCCUUUCUCGUACUCGUUGAUACGCCAUCUUUGGGGCACUGCCUCUCCCAAGUCUGAGUGUAGCACCGCGAAAUUCGACGUUUUGUCAUUGUGUGAGAAAGGCUAAUUCGCUUUAUGGGAUUACUGAGAUCAAUUGAUGUAUGCAACUCUUACAUGCUUUCUUAAACCUGCAUGUCGAUGUUUCUAUACCACAAGAAAAACUGAAACCAUUCUUUUGUGUAAAUAAAUAAUUUCUCCGUUGUGAUCAUUUCGACAACAUGCUAUAAUUUGCGUAGAUCUGGUACUUUUUGUUUUCAGCCAAGUAGCACAUAGGUAUGCGGCUCUCUCACUCGUACUCACAGCUUGCUUGUACCUUAUCAUAUAUGACCAGCAAAUGUUCCAAGGUGAUUAAUACCAUAAUGAAUUAGUUGCAUGUGUAAAUUCGAAUCUUUGACGUACCGAUUGAUGUUGUAUGAAUGGAAGUAUAUGGAAUCGCAGUGAUACCAUAUAGUCACGUAUGUAAAACAAGUGGCAAAGAGGCGUGCACGUGCGAUCACGUGACUCUCAAUGACUUGCUGAUUCUGAGUGUAUUGUGUUCUUUCUUAUAUUGUAAUUGGCAGUUUCGAAUAACAGAAUGAAUACAUUUUAGAAAACUGCAUAUGAGGUGCUUUACUGGAACAAAUAAAUAAUAAAUAUAGUUCAAGUACGUGGCAAAAAUCAUGCAUUAACGCCCACACAGACCGGACGCGAAUUGGCUACGCGACGCGAAUUUUCAAUGACAUUUAACUUUAAUAUUUUUCUAUGUUUUUCAAAUAUUUGGAACAACUUAAGCAAUUUUAGCUAUUUGGUCUGCAUAUCUUGUGAAAUUUGUAUCCGUUGACGGUUUUAUUUUUUUUUAAAAAAUGAAAAUUCGCGUCGCGUUGUCGAAUCGCGUUCGGUCUGUGUGGGCCUUUAGGGUACCAGUGCGGUCAGUACCAAAUUUAAAUUAUCGCACUGCUCUAUCUUUGAAAUCCUUUGUUUUAAAAAGAUUUUAAAAAAUAAUGUAAAAAAUUCCAAUAAUUUAUUUAUAUAUUUAUUUUUAAUGUAAAAUAUUCGCAUAUUUGGGCACUCUUUUCAACAUGUAUCGUAUAAUUAAUUAUGCUAUUAUAUUUUUAACAUAAUUUUUCCUUGCCAGAUGUUUGAGGCUUUCCAAGAUAUUCGAACAAACAAACAUUUGGCAUAUGUAAGUUUCCCAUGCAUGUUUCAUCAUUAACCUAACAGUCUUUUGAUAUGCUAUCGCCACUAUGUACUCAGUUUAAAACACGAGCUGGAGUGCUCGUGAAUAACAAUGAAAAACGUUUCAUUUUUCUUUAGCUAAUCACAAAAUAUGUUUAUUUCAUUGCCAACUGGAAUUUAAAGGCACAGUUCAGUCUUUUGAAUGUUGGUUCAUAAUUCAAGAUCAACAAACUUAAUGUUUUUAACAUUUUAAAACAUUUUUAUUAUUAAAAACAUUGAGGUUUUUUCAAUUAAAAAGGCUGAACUGUGCUUUUAACCAUUCGACUAAUUAGAUAAUUAUUUAUAACGCAUUGCGAUGUCAAAAUGGAAUUACCAUGGAUCAAGUCUUCAUUGCAGCUAAACUGUUUUGUUUCCUUUUACAGUUGAUAUUUGAACUUUGCAUAUUCACUAUCUUUCCUGAAAUACGAGCUGAAACAUCACAAGAUUUGACAAGUGCAGACACUGUGAAGAACUCUGACGACGACGUAUCUUAGUUACUAAGCACUUCUUACGUUUUAAGUUAUUCACGUUAUCUUGUACCUCAAUCCUGAGACAAAAGUUAUUUAUUCAGCCUUUCGGACAUAGGUUUAGGAUAGGAAUAGAUUUUCGGGUGAAUUUCCAUAUCAGUAUUCUUGAAUUCAAAUUCUGUGAUUUCCUGAAACUAUUCCCAUAAUCCUGCCAAUUCCAACCCUAAUCCUAGUGACGUCAGUUGGGUUUAAAUUUUGAACUGGGGUUAGGUAAGGGUUUAAGGUUGUCAGCUUGAAUAUAAAAUAAUUGUAAAUUGAAUGUGUAUAGGCCACGCUUUUUAUUUGUUGGAUUAUGAUUGGAUUUUGGUCACCAAUAUUACAGGGCGGGGAAAAAACAAAGAAUGCCCAGUAUGAAUUGUCCUUCGGCUUCACGCGCAUAGUCACGUGUCAAUAGCGAGCUUAAGCAAGCGACGUUUUUGUCAACACGGACGUCACCCGAAAAUUGGUAAAAAUAUUUUUUAGCGGCAUUUUGCAUCACGGCGCUCGUGCGAGGAAGCAAAAAACCGUAAAAAGCGUAUAUUUUGUGAUAUGUGUUGAAGAUUACCACAAACUGACAAAAAACACAGUUUUUGGUUUUUAAUCCAAUCCCCCCCCCCCCACCAAUUGAAAUGAAUAUAAUAUAAUAAUAAUAAUAAUAAUAAUAAUAAAGACUUUAUUGCAGCUUAUCUACAUGGUAGCUUUACAUCUGCGUAACUGAAAACAAUUAAAUAUAUAUAAAUUGUUAAUAAUUGUUAUAAAUUUAAACUAAAUUGUUAAUAAGAAGAAACAUUGCAC